CCAGUGGGAAUGAAGUAACGACAGGCAUUCCCGACGUUCAAAAAUGUCUUUGAAAGUUUUCAGAACAAUUUUCAAAUUUGCUCUCAUUAUGAACUUGGUGAUCUCUUUGUAUAUGGCGGUAUACCUGGCAACAGAUCAUUUAUUCAAAAUACAAGGGAAGUCUCUUCACCGAAGCAAUAUGAUUCCUCAAUUCAACAAACUGAGGAAUCUUACCUAUAAAGUGAAUGGAUCAGACCUUGAGGAGCGACUGCGAGUAAACCUCAUAUCAAAAAGGAAAGUCUGGUUACGAGAGCAAUUGCAAUCAGUCCUCAAAUGCAACGACAGAUCCUUCAAGCGGAAAAUUUUGCAAAGGGGUGAUUUCUGGGUUUUCAAAAAUUACAUUCUGGCUAGUCAUGGACCACUGCAUUGCUUUGAAAGUGUGACGUAUACCACCCAUGGAAGCUAUAGAUUUUUGAGGAAUCUCUUUACUCUUGUGCAGAGGUGGGAUGCCCCAGUUAGUAUAGCUGUAUACGCCCCUGGGAGAGACUUCACAGCCAGCAUUGGUUGCAUCAGAUACCUUCGGGACUGUCAUCCAGAAAGUCAUUUCAUUCGAUACUUCGUCACAUUCCAUCUUUACUUCCCCAGUCAACAUAUUCCCAGCUCCAUACCCGAGAAUAUUGACCAAGUUAUUGAGAAUCCAAUCGAAUGCGGGGAUUAUAUCCUGUGUGAUGACAGCCCUCCUGAAGUUGAAUAUAAAUUGAAGAAAAAUUUAUUGUAUCCUGUGAAUGUGGGACGAAAUAUAGCCAGAGAUGCAGCCCUGACUCACUUUAUACUAGCCAGUGAUGUGGAAUUAUUUCCGAAUCCUGGACUAGUUAAUCAGUUCCUGGAGAUGAUUGUCGCUCAGGGGAUCACAGCACAAAAAGAAAAUCAUGAAGUCUAUGCAAUGCCCGUUUUUGAAAUCGAAUCCUUUGUAGCUUCGCCAAAUAACAAAUCUCAACUACAAUUGCUUUUCGAGAAGGGUCAUGCCAUCGUUUUUCACCAGAAACAUUGUAAAGAGUGUCAAAGUGUCUCUAUGGUCUCUGAAUGGAUAGAAGAGGAUCAGACUCCUCAGUUGAAAAUAUUCUUGACUGCAAAGCGCAAGGAUAAAUUAUUCCAUUGGGAGCCAAUUUUCAUUGGUACAAAUGAUGACCCUUACUACGAAGAACGACUCAGUUGGGAGGGCCUUGGUGAAAAGAUGGUUCAGGCGCAUAUCCUUUGCCUUCAGAACUAUAGUUUCCAUAUUCUGAACAACGCAUUUCUAGUCCAUAAGCCGGGAAUUCGCAGGCAUCUGGACCUGAAAUAUGAUCCUGGAGUUAAUAAUAACAAUUACGUGGCAUAUAACAUACUUCCUGAGAUUUUCAAAGUGUACGGGAGGCAGGCUGGAUGCCAGAUGUUCCAUAAUGCAAAUACAUCCCGGGCCGUAUCUUUGAAUCAAAGAAGACUCUCGCAAGAUGUCAUAAAACUCAUGACCUCUGUUGCAGUUUUUUAUGUAAGAUGGAUUAAAUAUUUAACUAUUUUUUAGUAGGCCAGACUUUGUAUCUAUUUAUGCCUAUAUAUCAAAAGAUUUCUGGAAAAUCCAAGCCUCUAUGAUUACAAAUAUGCAGGAAGUAGUCACGAUA